GGGAGGGGGCGGCGGAGCCUCUCGCUGUCGCGGUCGGGGCUGCAGGAGCUGGUGUCAGGGUUGCCGGGCGUGCGAAGGCGGCGGAGGCGGGAAAGGCGGCGAGCGGUGAAAGGGGAGCGACCGCUGACUCGCCGCAGAGCAGCUCGGAGGAGAGAUGGUGAUGGCAGCCAAGAAGGGCCCGGGCCCAGGUGGCGGGGUCGGAGGCAGCAAAGCGGAGGCUGAAGCGGCUUCGGAGGUGUGGUGCCGCCGGGUGCGGGAGCUGGGCGGCUGCAGCCAGGCCGGGAACCGCCACUGUUUCGAGUGUGCCCAGCGCGGGGUCACCUAUGUGGACAUCACCGUGGGCAGCUUCGUCUGCACCACCUGCUCCGGCCUCCUGAGAGGCCUGAACCCCCCACAUCGAGUCAAGUCCAUCUCCAUGACAACUUUCACUGAGCCUGAAGUCCUGUUCCUCCAAUCUCGUGGAAAUGAGGUUUGCCGCAAGAUCUGGCUGGGUCUUUUUGAUGCUCGGACAUCGUUGAUACCAGAUUCCAGGGAUCCUCAGAAAGUGAAGGAGUUUCUCCAAGAAAAAUAUGAGAAAAAAAGAUGGGUAUGUCCCCCAGAGCAAGUCAAAGGACCCUCUUAUAGCAAAGGCAGUGCCUCUACCUCCACCCAGGGCUCUGUCCCGGAAGGGAAGCCCGUGCGGACACUUCUGGGAGACCCUGUGCCCUCUGAUGCUGCUUCCUCUUCGAGCCAGUCCCAGGCUCGUACAGCCCAGGCCAGGACCUCCCAGCCUCCUUCCCACCCAUCCACCAAGAAAGCCAGCACUGACCUGCUGGCGGAUAUCGGCGGAGACCCCUUUGCCGCUCCCCAGGUGGCCCCAGCCUUUGCCGCGUUCCCAGCCUUUGGAGGCCAGACUCCUUCCCACGGAGGCUUCGCCAACUUCGACGCCUUCGGUGGCAGCCCUGGCACUUCCGCCUUCGGAAGCCUCCCUCCAUCGGUCCAAGCCCCGUUCCAGGCCCAGCCGACCCCUGCAGCCAGUCGGAUGCUAGCCGGAAGUCACAGCUUUGGGAGCAGCCAGAUGUCCGCAUUCGGUGUGGCUCCCCUCGCGGCUGCCACUCAGCCCAGCAGCCUCGCAGACGUGGGUGGCCUCCUGGGACCCAGGGUGGCAGCUGGAGGUCUCCCUGGCAGUGUUUUCGGGAUGCCCAGCCAGGUUCCUGCAUUACAGCCGGCUCUGCCAGGUGUCAGCGGCAAUGCCAGGCUCACCUUUGGAGCCUUCACCAACCCCUUCGCCACCCCUGCCCAGCCCCAGCUGGCUUCGACCAACCCAUUCCAGACCAAUGGCCUGGCCUCGGGGCCCGGCUUCGGGAUGAGCAGUGUUGGGCCUGGCCUCCUCCAGCCGGUACCACCGGGUGGGGGGUUCGCCAGCCCCUUCCCUACACCAGUGUUCCCCCCCCAGGCUGCGCUGGCUGAGCAGCAGAAUGGCUCUUCCUUUGGCGACCUGGGACCCUCCAAGCUGGGGCAGAGGCCUCUGAGCCAGGUGUCUGGGAUCUCCACCAACCCUUUCAUGACCGGAGCCUCAGCCUUUGCCUCCAAACCUCCAACCACAAACCCAUUCUUGUAGCACUGUGUCCUUGGGGGAGGAAGGAGCUCUCCCCUGCCCCGGGGUGGGGGCUCCGCUGUCCCCUUAGAGCCCUGUUGACCAUCUGCCUGUGGAGCAUUUCUGUGGGUCUGAGGCUGGGGUUGGGCCUGGCUUGCAGGGUUAAGGAUCUGGGAACAGGAGAGGCGCUUGAGGCUUGUUGAUGAAUCAGACCGAGGCCUCCCGCCUGCUCGGCCGCCCAGGGGCUUCCUCCCUGCUCGCUGUCACCUAUCCAGGAAGAAGCCCAGAAGGAGCAAAGGCACCCUUCCCAGGAGGCCCCAAACCGUGUAUUUCUGUCAGAUUAGUCGGUAUGAAGACAGCCUCUGCCCCGGCCCUCCUGGCCUGUGGAGAGAAGUCAGGCCCAGCCCGGCAGCCGCCUUCCCCCCUCCCCGAGGGAGCAGCCGCCCCACGCCAGCCUUCCAAAGCUGCCUGGCUCCUCCCAGCUAGAGACCAAGCUGGGAAUGUAGGGUAAAGAUGAGGCCUGGUGUUGACAGCCCCGGGACUGGAAGCUUCUGGUGUCCAGUACUUCUGUUUUUUUCCUGGCUCAGCCACACCCUCUUCUCCACCUCCAUUUCCCUUCCCAGGCUGCCCCCCAUCCUGGCACUCAGGAUGCAGAGUUUGACCUGCGGAGUCCACGUGCCCGGCUUCUCUCAAGCACUUUAGUUAACUGUGUCAUGUUUGGAUACCAGUGUUUUAUAUUUAUAGAGAAUUUUCUAAUAUAGCCUAUUAUAUACAUAAAUAUAUAUGCACACAGAUGUAAACAAAUACACACCCAGCCAUUCUUCCUCUCCCAGACAACCCUUUAACUUGGGGGACUGAGCUGAGUUUGGCGCAGGCCUGUAAUCCUUGAACUUGGGGGACUGAGAUAGGAGGAUAUCACAAGUUCAAAGCUAGUCUGGACUAUAGAGUGAAGUCAAGGCUGGUCUGGGCAGCUUAGUGAGACUGUCUCAAAAUCAACUAAAAAGAUAAAAAGUAA